GACAAUCUGCGACACAAAGAAACAUGCAAUUCAACGAACAUUAUCAGGAUGAUAUAAUGUACAUCACGCAGUUGACGCGUAACGUUCUAGGUUUACUCGGAAUAUGGCCGUCCCUCAACAGAGAAAGAUCCAUCGGCGAGAAGAUUCGCAAGCUUCUACUGAUCAUGAUCUCUUACGCUCUUCUUUAUUGUGUCCUUAUCCCUGGUGUCCUCUUCUGGUUAAUCGAGAAGAGGACGCGCGUCAGAAUUCAGACAAUUCCUUUGAUUUUCUACGGCUUCAUGGCUACCAGUAAAUAUGGCAACUUAAUAUUCCGCGAAAACCAGAUCAAGCGUUGUCUAAAACACAUCGAGGAGGACUGGAAGAACGUAAUGAGUGAGGACGCGCGAGACACGAUGAUCGAAACUGCGAAAACUGGAAGACGUCUAGUUGCACUUUGCGGGGCCUUCAUGUACGGCAGCGGUCUCUCCUUCCGGUCGAUCUUGCCGUUGUCCAAAGGGAAAAUCGUCACCGCACAGAACAUCACCAUCAAGCCUUUGCCUUGUCCGGCUUAUUUCGUUUUCUUUGAUAUACAAGUCAGUCCUGCGUAUGAAAUGAUCUUUUUGAUUCAGUUUCUCUCUGGGAUAGUCACCUAUUCGAUAACGGUAGGUAUGUGCGGUCUCGCGGCCGUUUUCGUGAUGCAUGCUUGCGGCCAGCUGAAGAUUCUGGUGGAGCUAAUGAGAAAUCUCGUUGAGGAACGAUGGAAAGGAAAAGAUGACGUGGAUAGAAGGCUGGCUGAAAUGGUUGAGCAUCAGAUAAGAAUACGAAAUUUUUUGCAACUGGUAGAGCAUACUCUACAACAAGCAUGUUUAAUCGAAUUAAUGGGGUGCACAAUGAUCGUUUGCCUUCUGGGAUAUUGUAUAAUAAUGGAAUGGGAGAAUAGUAAUCCGAUAGCGAUGUGUUCCUACUUUAUUACUAUUACAUCUCUAAUGAUAAACAUGUUCUUGUUUUGUUACACCGGUGAACAGCUCACUGUACAAGCGGAGAAAGUAGCUAGUACAUCGUGUGAGCUUGAGUGGUAUCGUCUUCCGGAUAAAAAGGCGCGUGGGAUAGUGCUAGUGAUGAUUAUGUCCAACUCACCCACGAAGAUCACUGCUGGAAAGAUCAUGGACCUGUCAUUCAAAACAUUUGGUGAUGUCGUUAAAGCAUCUGUGACAUAUUUUAAUAUGCUACGAAAUGUCACCGACUAAACGUUCCCAUUCUGCUUGGCGAAACUACCCAAUGAUAAACAUCGUAUUUUGUGUAUACGUAAUAUAGGUAUGUUAAAUGCAAAAGAAUU